UUAUCUUUGGUAAGUCACCGCCUUAAUUGAAAUGGAAAAGGCGUUGCCGAUCUUUUAAUUGUAAUUAAAGUGUAACAAUUAAAAAUUUUUUUCUUUAAUUUAAUUGAUUCUUUGAAUAUCAUAUGAUCGUCUUCAUGUUAUAUUGUUUCAUCAUUCUUAUGGUUUAGUUUAAUUGUGAAAAUUAGGCGAUUCUCUUUUUCCUCUCACCUUGGUUUUCAUUUUUUAUUUGAUUCUCUAUUCUCUCUUUCCUUGUGAUUCAUUUCUAAUUUGUUAUUGUUUUUCUUUCUCUUGCUCUUAUGUUGUUCUUAUGAUUUUUGAUUAUUGCUUUUUUGGUGAAAUAGAAUUGGAUAAUAUUGAUGAUCACUGAUCUUUCAGUUUAUGCUUAUAACUGGUUCCAUCGGCUUUCCAGUAUGCAGCAAUUACCUCUCUUCCAACGGCAGACACUUUCACAUACCCGAUGGUUUUCAUCAUUGAAAUUUAAUUCUCGAACCAAACAUUUACUACAUUGUUGCCUUCUUUUCACCCUGAUUAUCAUCUUCAUCUUUCAGCUAAUCUAUUCAACCAAUCAAGAUGCUAAAUCAUUUGAUCCAGUCGAAAAGUAUGGAUUACCUGGGACCACUUUUCUCUACUUAUUACGUUUUCUCGCUCUUCUGGCUAUCCCUCAAUGUCUAUGUAAUUUCCUUGGUUUAACCAUCUACAAUACUUUUCCCAAGAAGGUUAAAUUAAAAGGAUCUCCUUUAGCUCCAUUCAUCUGUUUUCGAACGGUAACUCGAGGAGAUUAUCCUGAUCUUGUUAAAUCAAAUGUACAAGCCAAUCUUGAGACCUGUUUAGCCGCUGGAGUGGAAAACUUUUUAUUCGAAGUGGUCACUGAUCGUCCACUUAAAUUGGAUAAGCAACAAAGGAUAAGAGAGACUGUUGUUCCUCCUGAAUAUAAGACGAAAACCGGAGCACUUUAUAAGGCUCGAGCUCUUCAAUAUUGUUUGGAAGAUGAUGUUAAUUUUCUGACAGAAGAAUCGUAUAUUGUUCACCUUGACGAGGAAACUUUACUCUCGGAAAAUUCGGUUCGUGGAAUACUCAACUUUGCAAUGAGAGGGAAACACGAAUUCGGUCAAGGAUUGAUCACCUAUGCCAAUGGAUCGAUCAUCAAUUGGUUCACUACGUUAGCAGAUUCAUUUAGAGUCGCUGAGGAUAUGGGAAAACUUAGAUUCCAAUUCUAUAUGUUUCACCGACCAUUAUUUAGCUGGAAAGGUUCUUAUGUUGUCAGUAAAUACAAGGCAGAAAAGGAAGUUUCCUAUGACCAUGGAUUAGAUGGUUCUGUUGCUGAAGAUUGUUAUUUUUCCAUGAUCGCCUACAAAAAGGGUUAUACAUUUGACUUUAUUGAGGGUGAGAUGUGGGAGAAAUCACCUUUCACGAUAGCUGAUUUUAUCCAACAACGAAAACGAUGGUUACAGGGGAUCUUUUUGGUGGUUCAUUCUCCCAAAAUACCCUUUCAGAAUAAACUUUUUCUCACUAUGUCUCUGUACGCCUGGAUGACCAUACCUUUAAGUACAUCUAACAUUGUCCUUGCCUGGUUGUGUCCAUUACCUACAGAUGAUUUUGUCCUUUUCAACACUCUAGUCGCUUUUGUAGGCGCAGUUAACGUUUACAUGUACGUUUUUGGUGUCAUCAAGUCUUUUUCUCUUAUGAGAUUAGGAUACUCUAGAUUUGUCUUCUGCUUAAUUGGUGCCCUUUGUGCCAUCCCAUUCAAUAUAAUCAUUGAAAAUAUUGCUGUUAUCUGGGGAUUUUUUGGUAACAAGCAUAAAUUUUAUAUCGUUCAAAAGCAAGUCACCACUCUUCAAGUUUAAUCAGCAGCAUAUCAAAUUAAAUCAUUGUUAAUAUCAUCUUUCUCUCUCGUCAAAUGUUAUCCUCAAUUGUUGCAAAGCAAUAGGUUGAUUAUACCUCGAACAAUGUGCUGUUCAUUAUUAAUCAAUUAUUGUUCCAUUUAGAUUAUUUAUAAUGAUAAAUUAACAAUUUAAUCCAACUUUUCGUAUCCAUGAUGGAAUCAUUGCCACAAUUCAUGAUCAAUCACCGAGAGACUUUGGAAUAUUUAAUAUUUAAAACAACUAAAGAGGCCAUAAUUUCAGUCGAUAUCCAACAACGAAGGAACAUAAAUCCAUUGGUUUCCACUUCCAGAUAGAUGAAUCAUUUUACAAGAAUCUCGGGAUUUAUUAUAAUAAUUCAACUUGUCACAUCAACUGGACUUAAAUUAAUUUCUAUUAUUCAAUUUGCAAGAUUUCGCCGAGCCAAGAAAAAGGUUAACAAGAGAUACUCUAAUUUCUGGCUCAUCGAACUGUCAAAAAAAAUCAGCAACUUAAUCUUGAGGGAAAUCAGAACUCCAAGAAAACUGUAUCCAUGUCUUUUUUACUCUACAAUAAGUCAGCCCACACCCAAAUAAACUUUAUAAAAUAAUCCAUGAAUUCAUUGAAAUUCAAUAUCAAUGAAUCAUAACAAUUUUAUCCAAUAAGUGGUGUUACUUUUUCACAAGAAAUUUAAGUUGAUGGAAACGAUGUCUAACUAAGCAUCAUGGAAAACAAUCAGCGACAUUGCAAAUUAUUUACCUUUGAAUUAUUUUUUUUUGUUCCUCUAUGUAAAUCCAAUACCUUUUAACCCUUAAUCGCCUGUAAAAUUUACCCGAUAAAACUUACGACGAUCACAAAUGCUUUUACUUGAGGAAGACAAUCAAAUCAGAUUUAAAAAAUUUCGCGAAAUAAAUUAAACUCCGCCAUGGACUUUAUGAUGAUUCAACUAA